AUGGGGAAGAAGAGCCGAGUUAAAACUCAGAAGUCAGGUACAGGAGCCACAGCGACAGUAUCUCCAAAGGAAAUGUUGAACCUAAUUAAUGAGUUAUUGCAAAAAUGCAGCAGUCCUCCCCCAGGUCCUGGUAAGGAAUGGGAAGAAUAUGUACAGAUCCGUUCACUCGUGGAGAAAAUCCGCAAAAAGCAAAAAGGUUUGUCUGUUGUCUUUGAUGGAAAAAGAGAUGACUAUUUCCCUGAAUUGCUAAAGUGGGCAACUGAAAAUGGAGCAUCCACAGAGGGUUUUGAAAUAGCUAACUUUGAAGAGGAAGGAUUUGGUUUGAAAGCAACAAGAGAGAUAAAGGCUGAAGAAUUGUUUUUGUGGGUUCCUAGAAAACUAUUGAUGACGGUUGAGUCAGCUAAAAACUCAGUCUUGGGAUCUCUGUAUUCUCAAGAUCGAAUUCUUCAAGCCAUGGGCAAUAUAACAUUGGCAUUCCAUCUCCUUUGUGAGCGAGCCAACCCCAACUCUUUCUGGCUGCCCUACAUCCAGACUCUCCCCAGUGAAUAUGAUACUCCUCUCUAUUUUGAAGAAGAUGAAGUCCAGUAUCUUCAGUCAACUCAGGCCAUACAUGAUGUUUUUAGCCAAUAUAAAAAUACAGCUCGACAGUAUGCCUACUUCUACAAAAUUAUUCAGACCCAUCCUAAUGCCAGCAAACUGCCCUUAAAGGAUUCUUUCACUUAUGACGACUACAGAUGGGCAGUUUCCUCUGUUAUGACCCGGCAGAACCAGAUUCCAACAGAAGAUGGUUCCAGAGUUACACUGGCUCUAAUACCUUUAUGGGACAUGUGUAAUCAUACUAAUGGACUGAUCACUACAGGCUACAAUUUGGAAGAUGACCGGUGUGAAUGUGUAGCGCUUCAAGAUUUCAAGGCCGGAGAACAGAUUUACAUUUUUUAUGGCACUCGGUCAAACGCUGAAUUUGUGAUCCACAGUGGUUUUUUCUUUGAUAAUAAUUCACAUGACAGAGUGAAAAUAAAGCUUGGCGUGAGUAAAAGUGACAGGCUGUAUGCUAUGAAGGCAGAGGUCUUAGCUCGUGCUGGUAUCCCAACUUCAAGUGUUUUUGCCUUGCACUCCACUGAGCCUGCAAUCUCUGCCCAGCUUUUGGCUUUCCUUCGAGUGUUUUGUAUGACUGAAGAAGAGCUGAAGGAGCACUUGAUAGGUGAGCAUGCGAUUGGCAAAAUCUUCACUCUGGGGAACUCUGACUUUCCUGUUAGCUGGGACAAUGAAGUUAAGCUUUGGACAUUCCUGGAAGCCAGAGCAUCCCUUCUUUUGAAAACCUAUAAAACAACAGUGGAGGUCGAUAAGUCCUUCCUGGAGACCCAUGAGCUCACUCCACAUGCAAUAAUGGCCAUCAAAUUGCGCUUGGGUGAAAAAGAGAUCCUGGAGAAGGCAGUGACGAGUGCAGCUGCCAGCAGAGAGUAUUAUACCAAACAAAUUGCAGAUGGAGCUCCACUUCCCAAGUAUGACAAGGGGCAUAUUGCCUUGUUGGAGAACACUGUGGCAGACUCUAGACUCCCUAUUGUCUUGAGAAACCUAGAUGAUGUGGAAGAGCAAGGGGACUUAAAGAUUGAUGAAGCCAUUGAUGCUGAAGUCACAGAGAAUGGGUUUGUAAAUGGUGAAAACUCUUUAUUUAAUGGGACCAAAUCAGAAAGUGAAAAUCUUAGUAAAGAGAAAAGCAACAGAGGGACUGAACAUGCCAAAGAAUCUUCUUCAGAAAGUACUGAUGAGGUUAAAGAAUAG